CAGAGAUAUACGCUUCGUUUAGGGUUUUGAGGGUUGUGGGGCUGAACAAUUGUUGUUCAAUGGCGGUGGAAGUGACGAGAAUGAGAGGUACGGUGGAGAUGUUCAGUGACCAGAGGGGGUAUGGAUUCAUCAAGCCGGAUACAGAAGGCGAGCCGCUGUUCGUGCAUCAUACUGCGAUCAAAGCAGAGGGCUACCGGACCCUGCACAAAGGGCAGACCGUGGAAUAUGAGGUGGUCAAGAAUGGGGACAGGUUUCAAGCUGUUGAUGUGACUGGGCCUGAUGGAGCUCCGAUUGAGGAACCCCGAUCUAAAGGCAGCGACCGUGCCGGUUCCGGAAACGGUGGUGGUGAUGGUUACAAUCGGAGGAAUGGGAAUGAUUUUGGAAGCGGUGGUUGUUAUAAUUGUGGAAAGGCGGGGCAUUUAGCCAGGGAUUGUGAGCAGAUCAGUGGAGAAGGGGGAGGCGAUCGCUUUAGUCGGAGGAGCGGGAAUGGGUAUGGAGGCGGUGGUGGUGGAGGUGGGCCCUGCUAUACAUGUGGGCUAACUGGACAUUUAGCUAGGGAUUGCGAGCAAAACAGUGGAGGUGGUAGUGAUGGUUCUAAUCGGAGGAAUGGCUAUGGUGGUGGAGGUGCAGGAGGUGGUGGGUGUUAUGCGUGUGGGCGGACUGGACAUUUAGCUAGGGAUUGCGAGCGGAGCAGCCGAGGUGGGGGUGAUGAGUAUAAUACCAGGAGGAAUGUGAAUGAUUAUAGAGGUGGAGGAGGAGGAGGAGGAGGGGAGUGUUAUACUUGUGGCCAGAUUGGUCAUUUAGCUAAGGAGUGUGACCUGACUAGAGGCGGCAGCAGAGGAGGUGGAGGUGGAGGUGGAGGUGCUUGCUACACUUGUGGUGGGCAAGGUCACUUGGCUAGGGAUUGUGUAAGUGGAGGUGGGGGUGGCAGUCGUGGAAGUGGUGGUGGGAAUUGCUUCAACUGUGGAAAACCAGGCCACCGGGCUCGGGACUGCCCUGGCAGUGGUGGUGAAAGUGUUGCAAGGUUUCGGGGUGGUGGCACCACCAAUAGUUGCUACAACUGCGGCGAAUCAGGUCACUUUGCUAGAGACUGCUCUCAAAAGACUAGUUUUGUCUAGUCAUCCCAGUCCUAUCAUUCUUAACAUAAUUUUUAGAUUGUUCCUCCACCCUUUUUGUUUCUCUUAAACAUAGGGUUACUUGCUUUCAUGGAUAUUCUCUUUGAUAUACUUCGUAAAUCGGUUUUCAGGGUAUUUAUAUAUUUAUUAUGGUAUCUGAUGGCUCAGCAUAUGUUUUGUGAAGAAGUCUUAUUUCAUAGACUGAUUGAGUUCAAAGCUUUAUUGACAUAGUUUGUUC